AUGUUCAGACGUGGCAGCUUGAAAGGAGGUGAUGAUCUUGCGAGCAACGUCACCAGGAUAUCACGAGCCAUCAAGCCUGCCAGCUCAGACUCCAUACCGCAAAUUGUUUAUUAUCAUUACGGCGUCGGAAGCCAAGGCGGCAUUGUCGAUCGGGUCUAUGGAGGAGCCACUGGUCAAGGUCUGUCUGAAGCUGUUAGGGAAGGCUACAGCUAUCUUGCGACAAACUGGGAGAUUGGCGAUGAAAUCUUCCUGUUCGGCUUCAGUCGUGGAGCAUUUACUGCACGUGCGAUAGCAGGCCUCAUUGACAACAUUGGCAUGUUGACCAAGGACGGUUUGCCAUAUCUUGCAGAAAUAUUUCGAGAUGUCCAACAUCGACACGACUCCGACUACAAACCGAAACAUCCGAACAAACCUUUCAAGAACAAGCCAAGUGUGAUGGAUCCAAGAUACAGUCAUGAGCUCGAGAGAAGAGGCAUGACAAGACUGCGAGUUCCUAUCAAGGUGAUAGGAGUAUGGGACACCGUCGGCUCGUUAGGAACCCCAAGGAUUGGCUGGCUUGAGAAAGUGGGCAUACAAAGCUCAGCCAGUAAGCGGAUGUCCUUCUAUGAUACAAGACUGUGUGACUGCGUCGAGUACGCUUUCCAAGCACUUGCACUCGACGAACGGAGGUCAGCCUUUCAGCCAGCUUUGUGGGAGAAGAAGCCAGGUAAUGAGACCGUACUGCGACAGGUAUGGUUUCCGGGUGUACACUCCAACGUCGGCGGAGGACUCGAAGACCAGGAGCUGGCCAACAUAACUCUGGCCUGGAUGAUGUCCCAAGUUACACCCUUCCUCGACAUGGACCUGGACUACGUUUUGGAUCAGCAGGACGACACUGAACGAUAUUACAAGGAGAGCAAACAAAAACCGCGUUCUUGGUCGUUUGGCAAGAUCAUCGACUCCAUGACUGGGAUCUAUGCUCUAGGCGGUGCAACCACACGGACACCAGGUCGUUACUAUGUCGUGGAUCCCACUGAUGGUCGGAAGACUGAUUUGCCAUUGCAAUCGACCCACGAAUAUAUGCACCCGUCUGUGCGUAGUCGGUUCCGACUCAAGGGACCUGGUGUAAACGACGAAGGCCUAUACGAGCCUAAAGCCUUGCGAGACUGGAAGUUGUAUGUCGAGUAUGAUGGGGAGAAAGGCAGAGGCGGUGGACCGGAUAUUUUCUGGAAAUUGCGUACAUCAGAGAGGAACGUUACUGCUCGCACUAUACCAGAAGCACCGCUUUGGCCGCUAGAGCGAGAAUUGCUGGAGAUUGAUCCUGAGAUCGAGGACUUCGUGCUUAGACCUGCUCCUACUGCAAGGAAUAGUGUCCGGCGCAUGCAUAAUGCUAGCCGCAGCCAAAGUCGUCGGCGCUGAGGGGACCGAACAAAUUGCUGCUACCACAGUCACACAUUAGCAUGGUUACUUGGUGGUUCUCAGACUCGUGUUAUUUGCUUGACCAAAACGUUGAGCUAGGCCACGAGGAAGGAUCAUGCGGGUAAUUUCAGUCCAAUGCAAGCUGGCUUGAGCUUUCUCCAUAAAAAGCUGACAGGAUCAAUUGGGGCUUCGGACUAAACGCCCGAAGAGCGAAGGCGCCUACAAGCACGCCAUGACAGAGCUGACGAAUCUUUUCAUUGGCUUAGCGAAGGAUUUCACCUUAAAAUCUGCCUGUUACUAGUGGAAUAGUCAUCCUUGCGACAUGAGUGGAUGUUUAUAGAGUGUAGCUGCAACCGAAGGUUGGUGUGAGCUUUGAACACUCCUCAUAUCGACCUUGGUAACAACU